UAUAUUAUAUCGAUGUUGGUAUACUUGAAUUGAAUAAUUUUAAAUAUCGCUUUUUGGUACCCGAAUACUUCUAUUCGUGUAGUUGAAAUAACGGGAUGCUAUAAUAUUAUGGUUAUCCGACAAAAUGCACAGAAAUCCGAUUACAAAAAUACGCCCCACACGACCCGCACGACGACGUGUCCAUAAUAAUAAUAAUAAUAAUAAUAAUAAUAGUUUCGUUUAAAGGAUCCUGCCUCGACGAAUAAUAAACCGAUUUGCCCCACCCCAUCGAUCUGUUGGAUACCUACCCGGUGAAUAUAAAACCAGCCGGGGCAAACUAACACCAUUGGAAUCAUUUUGGUCACGAGCAUUCGAAGGGUAAGAUCGAUACGGACUUGUUCAGCAGAUAAUUAUUUUCAGUUAUUACAGGUCACUGCAUUGAUCAUCAAUAUGCUGAAAUUCUUCUUCUUAAUCGCUACAUUGGCGACGUUGGCUCAAUCUCAGAUUGCGGUAGAAUGGAUCUGCGAAGAUACCAAAUCAAUGGGCAACUGCAGUAGAGUACCGAAGAUGACAGACUUGCUCCAAAUUAUUUCUCAAAACAGCGACGAUUACGAAUAUACAGACUACCACUAUUGCCCGAACUACAUCGUGGAACGCCACAUCAAGUGUGUGCGGACGUACUUCGAUAGUUGUUAUAGGCAUAUGACCCCAUUCAUGCGAAAUAUCUUCUUGGCUUAUGUACCACUGACCGAGAGCGCAGAAACCUUCUGCGACAAAAACCGGCCUUACAAGAAAGAAUUUAGAGAACACAUGUCUUGCACAAAAGCAUUGUUAGAGGCCGACGAUGAUUGGGAGGAUUUUGCGGACGACGCUGAGAUGCAAUACGGACAAUCAAUAGACGACAUGACUGCCCGUAGCAAGUGCAAAGUUGUCAGCUGUUAUUGGCGUGAAUUGACCACGGAAAUUCGUAAACAAUGCGGACCGAAGACCGAAAAGUUUUCUCGCCAAGUGCUCAGCUACAUGUGGCCCAUAUCGAUGUUGUCGGUGGUACGCGAAUGUAAAAAUUUUGAGAACCGCUGUACAACAAAAACAUAAACAUAUAUUAUAGAAACUAUGCGAUGAGCUAUUAAUUUUUGGACCAUUGUGAUGCGAUGUACAGUCCAAACCAAAAAUUCCGAAUUUUCCAUGGCGUCUGGAAGCCACAGCUUUUAAAAUUUAUACUAUUA